CAGACUUCGUAUUUCCCCGACACAGUUUCAAGGUCACACACCAACAUCUCAAUCGAUAUAUGUAAAGGCCGCGAAAACAUUUGCGCCAUGUCUCCAGCAACUGUCAUCACGCCAAAUGGCGUGGAGAAAUCGAAACGCACCCCGCUUGCUACUCCUCUACCCAAUCCCUCAUUACAGGUGACAGCAGAUCACAAACUCAAGCAAAUAGAGGCACCUGUUUACGCUCCAAGUCAUGGCGAAGUCCUCCUACAUAUCAAGGCCACAGGUGUCUGCGGAUCGGAUAUCCACUUUUGGAAAGCGGGAAGAAUAGGUUCUCUCGUGGUGGAAGGGGAUUGUAUUCUUGGCCAUGAAGCUGCAGGCAUCGUCCUCCAAUGCGGCUCCGGCGUCACCAACCUCAAACCUGGUGAUCGCGUAGCGGUUGAACCAGGCGUUCCCUGCGGUCAAUGUUUCCUCUGUCUAGACGGACGCUAUAAUCUCUGCGAAGACGUCCAAUUCGCAGGCGUAUACCCCUACGACGGCACAAUCCAACGCUACAAAACACAUCCGGCCAAAUGGUGUCACAAACUCCCUGACAAUGUCACAUACUCUGAAGGCGCGCUGCUCGAACCCCUUUCUGUAGUCAUGCACGGCAUAAAAACAGCUGGUCUCUCACUCGGGAGAGGCGCUGUGGUGUGUGGUGCAGGUCCUAUCGGGUUAAUCGCGCUCGCCGCCGCGAGAGCAAGUGGUGCGCAUCCACUCAUCAUCACGGAUCUGGAGCCCCGACGGCUCGAGUUCGCGAGGAAGCUGGUUCCGACGUGUCAGACGUAUCAGGUCGAUCGGGAUUUAGACGCCGAAGCGAACGCGAAGCAGAUUCGCAAAUUGUUCGAUGUUGAGGCAGCUGGAGAAUAUGGUGCGCCGGACGUUGUGCUCGAAUGCACGGGUGUGGAAAGUAGUGUCAUCACUGGUUGUUAUACUGCGAGAAGAGGUGGUACAGUUAUGGUGAUUGGGGUUGGGAGGGAGAUUAUGAAUAAUCUUCCUUUCAUGCAUCUUUCGCUGGCCGAGAUCAAUCUCAAGUUCAUCAACCGAUAUCGCGAUACCUGGCCAGCGGGUCUGCAGUGUUUGGGUGGAGGGAUAUUAGAUCUGAAGUCGCUUGUCUCGCAUACGUACCCAUUGGAAAAGGCAAUGGACGCGCUGCAUACAUGCAGCGAUCUAAGCAAUGGCAGCAUCAAGGUGCAAAUCAUUGAUGAGGUGGAUGAUGUGCUGUGA